UUGCGUCGGAGCAGUUCCAUAGCAACCGUAAAGAACAACAUGGCAAAAGCAACAACUAUUAAAGAGGCCCUGGCGAAAUGGGAGGAGAAAACAGGUGAAAAAGCGAAUGAGGCCACAGCAGUGAAGCUUUAUGGUCAGAUCCCUCCCAUUGAAAAAAUGGACGUAUCUCUCUCAAACCUUGUCAACUGCGAGAGAUUAUCCUUGUCUACAAACUGUAUUGAAAAAAUUGCCAACUUGAAUGGUCUAAAGAACCUUAAGAUACUGUCCUUGGGCCGGAAUAACGUCAAAAACCUUAAUGGACUUGAGGCAGUAGGUGAUACUCUGGAGGAGCUGUGGAUCUCUUAUAACCUCAUAGAAAAACUGAAGGGAAUUCAUGUCAUGAAGAAACUCAAGGUCUUGUACAUGUCUAACAAUUUGGUCAAGGAAUGGGGGGAGUUUCAGAAGCUGGCAGAUCUUCCAUCAUUGGUAGACCUUGUCUUUGUGGGGAAUCCAUUAGAAGAGAAGUAUUCUGCAGAUGGCAACUGGAUGGAGGAAGCUACUAAGAGGCUUCCCAAGCUUAAAAAGCUAGAUGGAAACCCUGUUAUCAAACGAGAAGAGGAGGAAGGUGAAGGGGAGAGUUGAUGCAAUUCCUUUAAAUAUUCUAAAAUUGGUGCAUUUUUAUUGUUUAAACACCAGUCUGUGCAAUAUUUGCAUUUUUCAGGUGUAUUUAUAUGGAAUAAGCUAAAAACCUAAAUCCAUUUUCUUGAGCUUUAACACUAUUUGAAUAGAUCUGAAAAGCACACACUUGAUGCAUUUUGUUAGCCUUAGCACAAGCGGAAAUAUACAAUCAUAAUGUAUGGGUGGUGCAGAAGGACAGAUUGGAUGGUACUCAUUACUUAAAGACAUUUCUACUUAAUAUAUCUCAUGCUUAAAAACGUAUUAUGAAGUAUUAAUAUGUACACCUAUUAUACUUAAUAAUUUAACAACUUGAUUCAGUGAAGUAAGAUCUUUGACUUGAAUAACCAGUUAAUUUCCAUGUUCCCACAUGAAGGACAUAUUAAAAGAUGAGAAAGUUAAUGACAAAACUUUUCAGGGAAAUCAAUAACUUGAUAGAUUGUAACAGUAAAUGCAAGCCAGUGACAGCAACUACAAAACUGGAAUGACCGAUCAAGUGUGGACUGGCUUUAACUGUUCUAUUUGGUGGUGCUAUGCUUUAGUAUGUCUCUAUUAGGAGGCUACUUUAAAAAUACUCUGUAUUUAAAGUUCAUUAAUAAUUGCAAGAUUCAAAUUCUAAAUAGCAUACUUUUUGUAAUAAUUUUGUUUUGACAUAAGCAAACUCCUAAUCUAUUUGCAGCUAUCCUGUUGUCAUACAGUUCCAUUACUCAGUGUAUUGUUAACAUAUUAUUUUGUAUGGUGCAAAAUGAGAGCAAUUUCUUUAUAGAGUAACAUCAGUGUACAGUGGCCAAAUAAAGAUACCAUAACUAAUACUGUAAUUAAAAUGUUGUCUGACUUUCUUAAAAUUUUAUAAGUGUGAUUUCAAUUUUAUAGAAACAAUUUUGAGCAUGUUUUUGACCCCUAUAUAUGUUUUUGUUUACUGUUUCAUAAGAAACAAUAAAACUAUUUUGUCCUCUGCUCAAGUUA